AAGGAUAUAUUGUGUGUGGUCAAUGUGCAACAUGACUGCAUGGCAGAGGGGAAAAACUGCAAAGAAAUGCAACAUGUGCCUGUUCAACAAGAGCAUGUUGAGACAACAAAGAUGCACCCCACUGUUGUCCAUACAUCAACAGAUGCUUAUCUCCUCAAUACUCAUGCAUUGCACAACUAUCAGUUCAUUUCUGCUGUCAUUCCAAAGGCUCUC